GCUAUCCGUAAGCCCUCAUCUGAACCUGACCCUCUGCGUUCAUGUCCGGUUAACCAGGCAUGGUAUAAAGAGCCGUGCACCGAUGGACAUCCUUAAAGUCCCUCCGAGAACUGUUCUAUUUUGCAUUGACUGUUGUCACCGACGUUGAUACCUCCACAAUGUCGAACGCGUCAGCUGCAAGCAUAUUGGCUCAGGAAGAAGCGGACCUCUUACAGGAAUCAUACAUUUAUGCCUACUGCUGUCUCGCAACUACUGGUACGCUCUCGGGUUGGACCACUAUAAACGAUCGAACUCGACUCACAGACUGGACAUGUUCAGCCCUCAUCUUCUUUGAGCACAUUGUGACUUUUUCUGAAGAGGUUCAUGUCAUCUGGGGAGGCAGGUUGACCACUGUCACGGUCAUCUUUGCCCUCAACCGUUAUCUGCUCAUGGUGCAAGGCGUUAGUAACGCACUGGAUGUCAUCUGGUGGCGUACUCCACUGAGGUGAGCAGCGACGAGCACGCCGUAUGUUCAGUGCAG